UUUCAGAAUUUUUUAAGGACCUAUUUUGCUGUCACAGACUUCUGGAUUGGUCUGACUGACCAAGAAGUAGAAGAUAAAUGGAUAUGGGUUGAUGGUAGCAGCCCGUUCAACAACUGGCAAUCUGGAGAACCUAAUAGCCAUGCAGGAAAUGAGGACUGUGCUCAAGUUAAUCCUUGGGGAUGGGCUGAUUACCCAUGUGGUAGUACUUUUAAAUGGAUCUGUGAAAGACAUAUUUUUAUUUAGUGCAUUAUGAACAUCUUUAUGUCAGUCAAUUUUUCAGUUCUUAGAAAUUUAUCAGAUUUUCUUUUCAAGGUCACUAUUUUAAUGUUCUGUAAAAUUUGUUUUCUUUAAAUGCACGAAGAUACAUUGCCUAUAUUCACUGAGAAAUGGAGGAAAAUAUUCAUUUUCAAAACGGGGUGUACUCAAUUAUGCUGAGCAUAGCCGAGUUCCUACACUAGCAUAUUAAAUGACAGGCAUAUCACAUAAGUUGUGCUGAUCUUAGCCUCUUAAUAAAAAAAAUAAAUAUAGAUUUUUUCUACAUAAUGGGAUAUUGAUGGAGCAUCUCACACCAACAUAAUAAUCCAGGAAUGACAUCAAUGUGAAAUGCGGUCAAACAAACAUGCAAGGAAAAAGUUUGGAUUGCUCAGAGUGAGAACCAAACCACUGCACUUAAUAAAUAUUAAGUGUAUUUUAAU